CCAGGGAGCAAGAGCGCAGGCUGCACCGGGGAGCGGGCACGGUGGACAUGCAGUACCGGCAGACUGCUUCUCCCAUAAAACGCUUCCGAUAUUGGGUUUAAGGAGACAGCUUAUUUGAAAACCGGCUUGGGCCGAGGGGAUCUUAUUCUUUCUGACAAAAAGAAUAGUACAAAAAAAUAAAAUUAAAAAAAAGGAACUCACUGACAUUUGGAAGAACCUGAUGGGUGGUGGGGAGGAGGGGAGAACGAUGCAGUUCCAGCCCGACUCGGUGAGCCGCGCAGUCCGCCUCCGAUGCUGGUGAUGCCCGCCGUGUAUGGAUCACCGCCCAGCAGCAGCAGCAGCAGCAAGAGGAGGAGGAGGUCGGGAUAACAAGGGCGUCAGGGGCCGAUGAUGUCGUUGGGAAGGUCGGGAUCAUGGCAAACGGAACCGGUACUAUCAUGUUAAAAUGCAUCGUGGUCGGAGACGGUGCGGUGGGUAAAACGUGUCUGCUGAUGAGCUAUGCCAAUGACGCCUUUCCAGAGGAGUAUGUACCCACGGUCUUUGAUCAUUAUGCAGUGAGCGUCAACGUCGGAGGAAAGCAGUACUUGUUGGGACUGUAUGACACAGCUGGUCAGAGAGGAGUUGUAUCUGGGCCCCAGUCAGCCUGGUAGCUCUUACAAAUAUGGUCCCGUCAGUAACGGCACCGUGGGCCGCAGACCCACCCUUAUUGAACCGGAGCGUCUGAAGGACUUUGGUGUGGAAGAACUUCUCAACGGUGAUGUGAAAGUCCACGAAACCAAAGUAGUGAUGGCUCCUGAGGUUGUCCUCAUGGACCCCCCCAAAACCAGGCGAGUCAGCGAGUUCAGGAUGAUCCCGAGACCUCCUGCCCAGUACCUCCGCUUCGAGGACAUCAGCGCGGCAGCCUUCAGGAUCCAGUCAGGGAUGCAGAAGACGCCUUGCACGUACUCCAGAUUGUCCAAACAGUACGGGAUGGAGAUCUACCUGAAGAAGGAGCACCUGCACUACACUGGCUCUGUGAAGGAGAGAGGAGUGCUGUACCUGCUCACCUCCCUCACGCAGGAGCAGCAGAGGAUGGGUGUGAUCGUGGCCACUGACUGUAACUUCUACAUGGCCGUGGCGCACCACGCGGUGGAACUGAAGAUCCCGAUGUUUGUCAUCAUGCCGUCAAGUUGCUCCUCGCCCCGCCUCAGGAUCUACAGAGACUACGGCGCCAUGGUUAUCUCCUACGGCCGCACCGGCCGCGAUUCCCAGAACCACGCCUGCCAUCUGGCCAAAGAGAAUGGAUACCUCUACCUGGAAGAGGUGGCUGUGGUGGUGAGCAGUGCUAACAUGGAGCUGGAAGUGGUGAGGCAGUGCAUGGACCGAGCUUUGGUGUUGGACAACCGGAUCAGUAAGUUCUCAGUGCAGCUGGGAGAGUGGCCAGGAGACAUGGCUAAGCUGCUGGAUGUUCUGACCAGAGAGGACGUCAGGUUGUUGGACGUCUGCCAUCGUAGACACAGCGAUAAGUCAGAGCUCUUCAAGGCAAAGGUGGAGUGUGUGGUGGAAACCAGGGAUAAGAUGCAGAGCGCUCAUCUGCGCAAGACGCUGAGCGAGCGCUACCCCUCUAUAUGCUGGCUGGACCGGUGAUCACAGCGAAAUCCUGAACACAAAACUAGACUGACUGAAAACAGAUUCCUGCCAUCGGGAUAACACAUGCAAACCAUUCCUGCAACACACACACACUCUUAUGAUAUGCAAGCUCUGUUAUAUGAGACUCAUUAAGAGAAUGCUUGGUCAGCAAAACUAAGUGUAAACAGAAAAGCCUUGAGAUUAUAGUGCAAAUCUACAUGUUCCUUCUAUCACUAAUGCUGCUUUUGUUCUUCUUCAUCAUGGCACCUUAAAUAUACUGUGAAGCGGUUAAACUGCAUCCCAGUUGAUGAUGCUAAUUCUAACUGAAUGCUAUGGCGGAUUCACACUAUUUUUAUAGUGGUUCCCAACUUGGGCCAUUUAAUGGGUUAACAUUGGGCUGGCACAGAAUAAAGUAUUUUUCUGUGUUUUCAAUUACUGUAGGGCCAAGAUUUUUCUUCAUUUACUCUUAUUAUAUAAGCUUUUUAUGUACGGUAACCCUCAAGUGAUUAAAUAAAUCUGUAACAGUGGAUAAAGCUUUUUUCCCCCAGUUGUUGGUAAAGCAUACAAGCUAAUUACAAUUAAAAUGUGUCCCUAUAGAGAAACAGUUCUGCAAAAAAACUAUUUGAGCUCUGUGAGUGUGUGUCGAGCCCUCUGGGUCUUCAUUAACAGCUGUCAUGGGUGGCCAACUUGUGGCUCCACCCCCUGGCAGAACGUGGAUCAGUCUGCAUUAGCUAAAGGAUGGAGUGUGACCUCUGUAGCACACAUACAGCUUCCUAGAGUGUCACUAUAUAAGGUCUAUUUUUCAUUGAAUGUUCUUUUUAAAAUGCUGUAAAUAUUUCUGUAUUUGUUCUGUCCACAGUGGCAGUUUCAACCCUCCUAAAACCGUUCUCCAAAUAAAACUCCGGACAAAUGAA